GGCUGUAAGAAAGCUGCGUCGUUGAUUAGUUAGAUUAAUCAUGCAUGUUCUACAUUGAGCACGUGUUUUCACAACAGUUGUUCAUAGAGCAGCGGCAGCCCACCUGUUGCUACAGCGAUGCCUUUAAACGUCACAUGGUGCGUUCAAGUCAUGCGGGAUUACAUGAGUGAAACACCUAAACGUCACAUAACAGUGUAAAACUUUAUUUCAUUGAAUUUUUACAGUACAAUGAAACAUUUCUCAUAUUAGGAAAGUACAGUCGGUUUGAGAAAAGCAUAAUCAGCCAUUAGCGUGCGAGGACUCGUGGUGAGGACGAAUGGGGAUAUUUCCUAUAGCGUUUGAAUGCAGCAGUGUAGUCCUGCCCGACCAGGAAGCAGAGGACAGCUAGAAAACACAGUAGGUGUUGUUCAAUACAUUUGUAUCAGAAUUGGGCUUCAUCAAGCGGACAUAACAGUAAAUGACAGAGUCAGCCUGGUCUUUCCCUGGCAUUCCCCUUCUUGAAUCACUUUAAACAAGGGUGAAGAAGCCAAAAGUCCUUGGAUCCUUGGAUCUCGUGUACCAGAAUGGACAGCCGGGAGGUGGGGGGUCUGCUGCAGGAGUGCCUUGGAGCAGUGGCACCAUCUCAGCACUCCACCGAGCCCACUGAGGCACAGAGGCUGAACUACUGUAGCUGUAGAGACGCGCUCUGUGCGGAACUGGCCUCUCUCCUGCAGGAGGCGAUGGAUAUGAAAUGGCCGUUUGUGCCGGAGAAGUGGCAGUACAAGCAGGCAGUCAGUACCGAAGACAAGACCAACCUAAGUGACCUCAUCAAGAAGCACCUGUCUCAGCUCCUGGCCGUUCUAAAGGCUUCCAUCGUGGCUCAGGAGGCCCGCGCCGCACUGGCGGUGGUCUUCCUAGUCGACCGCUUCCUUUAUUGGACAGACGAGUCGAGCCGGCUGCUGAAGAUCACCAAGCUGCUCCACAGAUGCCAUCCUGAUACUCCUGUGGCCCCCCAGCUGGUCAUACGGCAGGCCAGGGUCUACUUUAACUCUGGCAAACUACAGAAAGCAGAAUUCAUUCUCAGCAGUCUGAUUAACAACAGUGGAGCCACCGGUUGCUGGGUGUACCACUAUGAAAGUGACAGGGCUCUUGUGCAGGCAGUUAGUGUUCAAGUACGCGGGAUGGUUCUGCAGAAGCUAGGCCUUUGGCGUGAGGCUGCAGAGCUAAUCUGGACCUCUCUAGUUGGCUACUACGCACUUCCACAACCUGAUAAAAAGGGCAUUGGAACCUCUCUUGGAAUACUGGCCAACAUAUUGGUAUCUAUGAAUGACGAGGACUUCCACGCUUUUAGGACUAAUCCACAAAUUGAUUUGUCUUUACUUGGUGACAGGAGUCAUCGUCUCCUCUCAGCAGCCCAGGCAGCUAAGAUGGCGGUGGUGUACAGCCAGUACACUUCCCUCUAUGUGUUGACCAAUGUGGUAACUCAAGGGACCUGCUUGUUAUCGUACAAUUUCUCGGUAGAGUGCCCUGACUCUCAACGGCGGCCAUUCCUCCUGCAGGCUAGAGAGGCCUUUUCAAUCGGCCUGCUGACCAAAGAAGAAGGCGAGCUGGUCACCAGCAAGCAAGAGCUUCACACCUUGCUGAAGGCUGCAUAUUCCUUAACCGUCACUCACAAAUGGCUCGGCACUUCUCUGGAAGUUGUGGAGCAAGCAAAUCAAGCUUGCCAAAAAGCUUUAGCAAAAUUCUACGAUUACUGCAAUGCAGAUAUUCAAGACAAAGACGGCCUCUGUGCUGAAAUCAUGCAUCUGGUCACCCAAGUCAAGCUUCUUCUGCGAGUGGAGCCUUUCAUUAAUACAGACAAGGGGUCUUUUAUCCCUGACAGCUACAGAAACACCAAAGACACUCUGGUCAAUUUUACUCUGGAAGGCUUCGCCGAGGUGAUGCUGAGAUUACAAAAGCAUCAUGCAUCGCUGUGCGAGACAACCAACACAAGCUGUAAAAGGACCACGGACAAGAUAGAUGGGGAAAAAUUAUGUAUAACUGCGAUGGGUACAACCAUUGGUACGCUCAACACAGAAUGUAGCACUGAGGCCUGCAAAGUGUCAGAGGAGCCAGUAAACAAGGGUUCAAAACCAACCUGUGUGCACCUGACUCAGAGGUCUGACCCGUGUUCCACUUUAGGAAGCACGGAUAACCUCGGCUCUUCAUGGCAGAACGUUUCCCUGAGCAGUUCAGGGUCUCCUCGGCCCAGCGGUAGCAACUUCACAGGAGGUCCGGCUAUAGGACCUCAAGCAAAAGUAUGUAAUCAGAAUUGUCUGACCACUGAGGUUGAUGAUUGGUCAGACAGCCUUCUUCAUUUCACUGAUGAAAACAAGUCUCCAGUCAGUUCCCAAACUGUCCCAAGACCUGUAAACCCUCCCACUUCCUCUUCUAAUGCCAGUUGUGCUUCAGAGAAGUUUGAAGUGAUACAAGCUGGAAUAGAGACACUGGACACUGGGGAGAAUUGUAUGAUUGACGAUGUGGCGGCAGAACCAUCAGCCACUGAGGGAGCAGCACAGUCCUUAUCCCAGUUGGCUCUUGGAACCUUCUCCAGCUCGCUCAAUGACAGCUUUGGUUCCCAGUCGUCGUGGGAGAAAAUAUCCCUGGACCCAAACUCUCCCACAAUCAGAAAACCUCAGCUGAGCAGCCCAUCAAAAGAAGGAACCAGUGACAGCAGCAGGUCACCGGAGUCUGACAGGAGCUUCUUCCUCUUGGAGACCCUUGAUUCUGAAACCAAUGAUUCAGCUCAUCAUCCCACACACAAAAACCACACAUCCGGAGGGGAAUUUAGAGAUGUGUUCAGGCCCCGAACUCUGGAGAGACCUAUUGUUAAGCCAAAUAUGCACACAGAGGUUGACUCAGUAUGCGUAAAACCUGCUACCAACAACUCUUCAGCAACCCCAUAUCCAAACCUCUCCCAGUUUGUCCCAGAACAGUUUGCCUCCACUGAAAACUCUACCGGGAGUUCAUUUGAGAUGCUGGAGGACCAUCAAAGUGGAGACAAACCUGCUGAAGUAAUUCCCCCUCAGAUGAAGAACUCCUCGUGCUACAGCUGUGUGAAGCAAAGCAGUGUAGCUGACAUUGUCCCCCAGAGUCCUUACGUGUUGUCACAGCAUGAUUACCAAGCCCUACUGGCUGGAGUUUGCUAUGAAUGUCUGCUGAAGAGGCUUCACAGUGACAAAACACAAUUCAAACUUAAGACACACAGAACUGCCCACAGUGCUCUUCAUUUAAAGUUCUCCAAAGCCACAGGACUGUGGACAGCCAGGGAGACCUGUGCGUACAUCGGGGAGCCGAUGGGGAUGGAGGGAAAGCAGAGAGCGGCUAUAUGGGUGCAGUUUUUGCACCAGGAGGAAAGGUUAAGCAGUUAUGUAGGGAAAGACUACUUGAAGCCAAAGGGGAUCCAGUUUCACCUGAGAGAUGUGGAGCGACAGAUGACAGCCCAGCACUAUGUGACUGCGUUCAACAAGAGUCUUUACGACAAGGAAGUAACGGCUCAGAUCUACUUCAUUCCCUCAGAAGCUCUGUUGAUUCUGAACGGAAAUCAGAUCGCAGGCUGUGUAACAGUGGAGCCCCACAUGCUGGGAGACUUUGUCAAACUGACCAACAACACUGUAAAGAAGGACAAGAGUAUACAAGCUACAGAAUACGGCAUCGCCUUCGGACACUUUACCUGCCUGCUCUCUGACUACCAGGAAGUUGUUGUAGACCUGCAAGGGUGGGUCACAGCAAAUGGCAAAGGACUGACCUACCUCACUGACCCCCAGAUUCACUCCACCAGGACCCCCAGAGGCCCCUCCAACUUUGCUGCCCGAGGCCUCAGAUACUUCCUGGAGGAGCAGCAUGGCCCAGAGUGCAAUGUGGUGUGCCAGCUGCUCCGACUGCCUCCACUGCGCCGACAGCCUCACGAACUUUGAGGAGUUGUCGAUGUUGAGAGUUUGUGUUUGCAUAAUUCAAUGAUCAAUCCAGGUACCGUUUGUUCCAAUAGCACGACAAUGCAGUUCAGCGUCAUAACAACAACGUAGCUGUGCAGAAAAGUAGAAAUGAACAAAACUAGGAAAAUAUUUUGAAGUUUAAUUACAUUCUAUUUGAGGGGCUAAAUACAUGAAAGUUACAGCCAUCUUAUUAAAAAUGAUUUGAUGAUAGCCACAUGAUAGCAAUCUCAAGCUAUUUUCCACUGCAAUACAUUAUGGAAAAUUGCCCUCUAUUCACGUGUGACACGUGUUUUACUUUGUCAUACUCGACAUACAUACUCCGGUACUUUCCCUG